GUUUGUUCAUUUCCUAGUCAAUAUAUUGAAAUGUUUGUUCAUUUCCUUGGUUCUUACUAUUGUUUUGUAGGGUUGGGUUUGGUUUUCUAUAGUUAGGGUUCCAUCGGAAUGUUUUCUGAUUGUUGUUUUUUAUCGAUUUGUAUGUUGAUUUAUGAUCUAUUUCUUGUUGAUCGGUUUUUGUGGCUGGAGCUUGAUCUGCUGUUCUGGAUUGAGAUUUUCUUUCAUUAACAAACUGGUUUCAACAAUGGCUUUCUUUAGUAAAGCCAGGAGUAUCCUCGGGCAGACUGUCAGUAAGCACUUGAAUUCAGAUAUUUCUGCAUCCAAUCCAUCUAUCUUCCAAAUGAUAAGAUGCAUGUCAACUUCGAAAGUCUUUGUUGGAGGAAUCUCAUAUAACACGGAUGAUACAAGUCUGAGAGAAGCUUUUAGUAAGUAUGGGGAAGUCGUUGAAGCAAGAGUUAUUAUGGAUCGUGAGUCAGGUAGGUCGAGAGGUUUUGGCUUCGUUUCUUUCACCAAUAGCGAGGAAGCCUCCAGUGCUAUCCAGGCCAUGGACGGGCAGGAACUUCAUAGCCGUACGAUAAGAGUGAAUUAUGCAAAUGAAAGACCGCCACGUACUAACUAUGGUGGUGGCGGCGGCUAUGGUGAUGGCGGCUAUGGUGGCGGCGGCGGCUAUGGAGGCAGUGGUGGCGGUGGUUAUGGAGGUGGUGGCGGUGGUUAUGGAAAUUAUGGAAGCAGUGGUGGUUAUGGCAAUAGCUACGGAAGUGGGGGCGGUAAUACCAGUGGUUAUGCUGGUGGAAACAGUUACGGCAGCGGUAGUGGUGAUUAUGGUGGCAACCAGGGCUAUGGUGUUGCUGGAAGUGGUGACAACCAGGGCUAUGGUGUUUCUGGUGGUGGCGGCAGCACCGAUAGUUUUACCGGUGGUGGUAAUUAUGGUGGUAGCCAGGGGUUUGGUGGUGGCGCUAGCACUGAUGGUUAUGCCGGUAGUGGUAAUAUUGGUGGCAGCCAGGGGUUUGGUGGUGGCGCUAGCACUGAUAGUUAUGCCAAUGCUGAAAGUGGCAACAAGGCUGAUGCUGGUGGCGGUUUUGGCCCAGACGAUCCAUUGGAAGGGGCUGAUGAGCCUGAUGGCUAUGCCAACAGACAGGUCUGAAAGUUAAUGGAGAAGCCUGAGUUAAUGGAGAAAAACUUGCUUGCAUCCGUUGGUAAAAUGAAAAGAAAAGGAGAACAAGUACUCUGACUUUUCUUCCUUUUCUGCGUAUUAUUAUAAGUAAAUUGUUCUUAUUUAUCUUGUCUGUUGCUUUAGCGCACUCACCCUCUCUGGAUUCUUACUGCCAACUUCUUUAUUUCAUAAAAUGGUGGAUUUGGUUUUGGAACCUAA